UCUCUCUCUCUCUCUCUCUCUCUCUCUCUCUCUCUCUCCCCUCUCUCUCUCUCUCUCUGUUGUAACUGAUUACACUGAUGAAAGAAUACUUCUAAGCAAGUAAAGAAACCAAAACAAUCAAGACACACACACACUGUAAUGACUUCUGUAGUUGUUUCUUCGUAGAAGUUAAUAAAAAUCGAAUCUUGGUUCAAAUUUGACAAAAUGAGCGAAAUCCCGCCAUCGGCCGAAAACUCCAAGGCCAAUUAUUUUACAGAUUCUUACAAGAAAUUGAAGCGUUUCAAGCUGUUCAAUCCCUCGUUGGGAGUCCUUGGAUUCACAGUGCUUUUGUUUUCUUGCUUCAUUUUAUUGGAUUACAGCAGAGUAGCCAAUGUUCCCAGUUUCUACAAUGGUGGAAAUCAUGUAAAUAAGAAAAAGAUCGAUUUUUUGAGUGAAUUUGGUGGCGGGUGCGACAUGUUUGACGGUGAUUGGUCGUGGGACGAUAGUUAUCCUUUGUACCAAUCCAAUGAUUGCGAAUUCAUGGAUGGAGGGUUCAGAUGCUCUGAAAAUGGAAGACCGGAUUUUAACUACACAAAGUGGAGGUGGCAACCCAAGAAUUGCAACUUGCCAAGAUUUGAUGCAAAGGUUAUGUUAGAAAAACUGAGAAAUAAACGCUUAGUUUUCGUGGGAGAUUCGAUCGGGAGAAACCAAUGGGAAUCUUUGCUCUGCAUGCUGUCGUCCGCAGUUCCCGACAAGAACUCCGUUUACGAGGUGAACGGCAGUCCCAUCACAAAGCACAAAGGAUUUUUGGCUUUCAAGUUUGCAGACUAUAACUGCACCGUCGAGUACUACAAGUCCCCGUUUCUCGUCGUGCAAGGCCGGGCCCCACCUAACGUUUCGUCGGAGAUUCGAACAACCUUAAAACUAGAUAAAAUGGAUUGGAGUUCGUCUAAAUGGAGAGAUGCAGACGUGCUCGUAUUCAACUCAGGGCAUUGGUGGAGCUACGAGAAGACUCUAAGAGGAGGAUGUUACUUCCAAGAAGGUUCCGAGGUGAAUAUGAAUAUGACAGUUGACGGGGCCUACCGUAAGUCGUUAGAGACCGUUAUACGAUGGGUAGGCGAAGAAGUGAAUACCAACAAGACGCAAGUAUUUUAUCGGUCAUACGCUCCCAUACACUUUGCGGGCGGGAAUUGGAAAACGGGGGGAUCAUGUCACAUGGAGACGCUUCCGACACUGGGUUCUAAUUCUUCAUUACCAUCAUCAAACAAUUGGGAUCAAUACAACUUUAGUGCAACAAUAAAUGUCCUAAAUAUAACACAUAUGUCAUCAAGAAGAAAAGAUGGGCACUUGUCUUUGUACUACUUGGGCCCGAAUAAGGGGCCCGCACCUCUCCGUAAACAGGAUUGCAGCCAUUGGUGUCUACCGGGAGUUCCCGAUACUUGGAACGAGCUACUCUAUGCUCUCUUUCUCAAGCGCGAAUCGAUUAGAAAUUCCGACUAAUUUUCACUCACAUGUGUGAAAUGUAUAUAUAUGUAUAUGCACAACCAUGUAUGUAUAUUUGGAUGAGGGGGGAAUAUUGGUUAUACAUCCACAACCAUGUAUGCAUUCUUGGAUCAGAUAAUCUCCAGCUGGAUAAUGUUACUAAGACAGAACAUUGAAUGUUAUAAUAUUCUUGUUGGAUUGUGCCAGGGUGGAUAUUAUAGAUACAAUCGUGACCGUUCAUCCAUGAUAAAAUCGGACUAAAUUA